AUGGAACCGUCACAAUUGUUUAAGGGCUAUAACUUUUUGCUUGUUCCUUUUUUGAGAACUAAGUUGGCCAGUUUCAGGCACAAUUUGUACACGAAGAAUGGUGCAACUCUAUACCCCACAAUAAACCAAUUUGCAAAGCAAGUAAAAAAGUUCAAUUCUGAGCUGAUUCCAGAUUACUAUGAUUCAGAAGAAGCUCUUCACUACACUACGAUUAUUGUAGUUGAAGACGAAGAGAAAUUGACUGAUAUGACCAGUUUAUCUAGUUAUCUGAAGGUUCCCAAGUCUGGUUUUCCUCUGGACGAGUAUAAAGUUCUAAGACUUGCCUGGGUGACAGAUAGUCUGGAAGAGAAGAAACUGCUUCCGUACUCCAAGUAUUUGUUUUCGUUCCCAGAACAGAAAGGAAAAGUCAAACGGGAGAGAGAGUCUGAGAGUCUGAGCGAUGUCAAGGAGGAAAAAGAACCAUCAAAAAAACGGAAAAGGAAGAGCGUAGACGAGGAACAUAGCCUGAUUUUUGAAAAACUUGCUUCGCCGCCUAAGAUAGAAGAUAUCAAGAAAAAGGUGCUAGCAGAUUCUGAAUCUCUCCGAGCAUCGACACCCGAGUCGGAUGAGGAGGACCUGAAGAAUAUGUCCAACAAUGAGCUAAUCAUACACUAUUUCUCACAAAUGGCUAAAGAGAGAAAAGUUGAAGGUCUGCAGUUCAAAUCUUUGAGCUAUCUGCGAGCCAUUAAUGCAAUCAAAAAUGCGCCCAAGGAAAUAGAAUGUCGAGAAGACGCACUUAGCAUUCCCAAAAUUGGAAAGAGUCUAGCAGAUCAUUGCGUGGAAAUUAUUGAGACCAGAAAGUUUGGUCAGUUAAAGAGACAGCAAGAAUCAACGGAAGCUCAUGUGAUGAAAGAGCUCCAGAAAAUACAUGGUGUUGGAGCUGUGAUAUCAGAGAAAUGGUUCAAUCAUUAUGGGGUUCGAAGCAUACCCGAUAUCUUUGAAAAAGUCCCUGAAUCUGAAUUUACAGACGCAAUUAAACUUGGUCUGUACUACUAUUACGACUGGAACCAAAAAAUCCCCCGAGAAGAAGUAACUGCUCAUUCUGAGUUUGUAAGCGACGUAGGCAAGAAAAUUGAUCCAAAGUUUAUAGUCCAAACCGUCGGAUCUUACAGAAGAGAAACAAAAACCUGUGGGGAUGUAGAUUUUUUCAUCAUGAAAGAGGACUGCAACGACGAAACCAAAUUGUCUCAGUUUCUCACAACUUUGGUGAAGGAGCUGUUCAAGUCUGGUUAUCUGAAAUGUUCUCUAUUCCCAGCUCAUGAUCAGCUUCUCAAAUUCCUUACCGGAGGACAGCUGACAGAUAAAAAGUUUUGUCGAAGGGUGGAUUUUUUGGCUGUUAAAUGGAAAUAUAGAGCUGGUGCUCUGAUUUAUUUUACAGGAAACGACAUUCUAAAUAGGUACAUGAGGACCCUUGCUAACAAUAAAGGGUUACGUCUGAAUAAUGAAGGGUUAUUCAAGCCCAAACGACGUGUGAUCGAUGAAGCUAAUAAGAUGGGAAUUCGGUUAUCUAAAAUGCAUUUCAAGGAAGAUGAUUGGACACUUGUUGAAGGAGAAGAUGAGGAGAAAAUAUUCAACUUGCUGGGGUUACGAUACUUGGAGCCAAAAGACAGGAACAUAGGAAAUUUGUCUGAAAUAGGAGGAUUCAGACUGUAA